AUGAAGAAACACAGUGUCGGCACUCCGAAUGACCCUUUGCCGGAAACAUAUGCUACCGAAAAUUUCCGAAAUUAUGGCGAUAAAAGGAAUACCUCGGUGCAUUGGAAAAUAGCCCGCCCCAAGAGCCACUAUCCCCAGCAACAUGCCGGGUCUUGGUCCCUUAGAAUCGACGAGAAGGCCUACCGGAAUUCCGCUGGCAUACAUUCCCAAGUUUCCGGCAGCUCCCUGGAAUACGUCAGCAAGGUGAAUUUCGUUAUUGAGUCAGACAUCAAAUCCCCACGGAAGUGUAUAAUACUGGGCCGACAGGAGUGCAGCCCGAUACUGGACGUUAGAGAAUUGGAUGCGCUCCUGAUAUCGUCUCUUCAUUAUUAUAUAAUUGCCUCACUUAAUAUGGGCGCGCUUCUGUCGCUGCCUUUGAUGGCAGUGCCCGGCGUCGGCACCUUGAUAACAUUCUGCGCCUCUUGUUGCGGUGCGGCUACAUGCUCAGCGAUAUGUAGUGCCUGUGGGAAAUUCCAGAGCAGCAUGGCCACGAGGAUCGCCUACGCCGUCAUACUCCUGUUUAAUUCAAUAUUGUCCUGGAUAAUGUUGACACGAUGGGCGCUAAGCAAACUAGAACAUCUCACAUUUGACUUUUUGCCGAUCAGUUGCGAGGGAGAAAAGUGCUAUGGUUGGGUUGCGGUUCAUCGGAUCAACUUCGCUCUCGGGCUAUUUCAUGUCAUUUUGGCACUUCUCCUGCUCGGGGUCCGUUCUUCUAAGGAUGGUAGGGCGGGCCUUCAGAAUGGUUUCUGGGGCCCGAAAAUCAUCGCGUGGCUGCUUUUGGUGGUGAUGUCAUUUUUCAUCCCCGAAGGGUUCUUUUUUGUUUGGGGGAGCUACAUAUCCUUCAUCGGUGCCAUUUUGUUCCUACUACUAGGUCUUAUCCUGUUAGUCGAUUUGGCCCAUACCUGGGCUGAAAUCUGCCUGCAGAAGAUCGAAGAACUCGAUUCUCAAAUGUGGCGUGUCUUAUUGAUCGGUUCGACACUGGGCAUGUAUCUUGCGUCCAUCGCCAUGACUGUGAUCAUGUACAUCUUCUUCGCCCAUUCUGGAUGUACCAUGAACCAAGCUGCCAUCACUACCAACCUUAUCAUCUUCCUAAUCAUUUCGGUGGUCUCGGUUCAGCCUGCAGUUCAGGCAUCCAACCCUCGAGCAGGAUUAGCACAAGCUGCAAUGGUCACAGUCUAUUGCACGUACUUGAUGCUGUCUGCGGUGUCAAUGGAACCUGACGACCGUCAGUGCAAUCCCCUGGUUCGCGCGCGCGGCACCCGAACAGCCUCGAUCGUCAUUGGUGCUAUAGUUACAAUGUUGACCAUUGCGUAUACCACUACCCGCGCUGCUACCCAGGGUAUCGCUCUUGGCUCUAACGGAGCUCGUAACAACUACUCACGCCUUGGCCAAGAUGAGAUGGAGCACGGGCUUGUAACCCAGCAGCCUGGGUUGAGCCGCAGAGAAAUGCGUGCUGAGGCUCUCCGCGCCGCUGUUGAGAGUGGGAGCUUACCAGCAAGUGCUUUGGACGAAAGUGAUGAUGAGUCAGACGAUGAGCGAUCAUAUAAAGAUGACGAGCGCCAUUCCACUCAGUAUAACUAUUCCCUGUUCCACGUCAUCUUUUUCCUAGCCACUACUUGGGUGGCGACCUUGCUCACCCAAAAUCUGGACCCCGAGGCAAAGGACAAUUUGGCUCCAGUUGGAAGGACAUAUUGGGCUUCUUGGGUGAAAAUUAUUAGUGCCCUAGUGUGCUAUGCAAUUUACCUGUGGACGCUGAUUGCUCCCAUUUUACUCCCUGAUCGAUUCGACACCGCCUAA